CCGGCUGGGGACUCGGGCGCCCGCUCAAACAGUUGCAGGAUGUCGAUGACAGACUUUCUCAACGCUGAGGACAUCAUGAAGGCAGUGGGUGCCUUUACCGCUGUCGACUCCUUCGACCACAAAAAAUUCUUCCAAAUGGUCGGACUGAAGAAAAAGAGCCCAGAUGACGUGAAGAAGAUAUUCCACAUCCUGGAUAAAGAUGAGAGCGGCUUCAUCGAGGAGGAGGAACUGGGAUCCAUUCUGAAAGCCUUCUCCCCAGAUGCCAGAGACCUAUCUGCUAAGGAAGUCAAAAUACUGCUGGCUGCUGGAGACAAGGAUGGGGAUGACAAGAUUGGGGUCGAUGAAUUCACUGCUCUGGUGGCUGAAAGCUAAGCGGCUCUGCCUGCCCAGGUCUCGUCCUUCUCUGCCCCAAACACCCGAUCUCAGCCCCACUUGCUCCCCUCCUGCCUUUCUGUUCAGUUUGUUUAUGUUAUUUUUACUACCCCCGUCCCUUGUGGCCCUUGAAGGACACCAUUCUUCUGGAAAAUGAUGGAGAAUCAAUAAAGGCUGUACCAAUCAGA